AUGUUACUUCCAUUUGUCACAGUUUCUCUCCUCAGUGCUACCAUUAUUAUUGCAGCUCCUCAAGCUACUUCAUCACUCUCAAACAUCCAGCAGCGGAGCUCCCCAAACCUUGAUGCCAUGAACGAUGGAUCAUCUUCACCCAACUCCACCAGCAAUAACACUUCCACGCGCCAAUCCAACUCUACCCAAACACAAACAUCCGGUAAUAGUACCAGCCUCAGCACGGCCAUAUAUGGCCACCUUAAAACUUGUCAUGAUGGAAUACAGACUCACAGUACUACCAUAGCGACUCAUUGUGGUGGAGCAAAUAACGAAAACGCACAAGAUUCUGGAUCCAGCAUCUUACUCGAAAUCCAAGCUAUCCUGAUCCUCACGAUGACUUGCGCUAUAAACAUCCAGGCCUCUGUUGCUCAACAUGCUGCUUCUUCUGGUAUUGCAAGACUAUUUGGUGGUGGUGGCGGUUCUUCUGGAAGCGCUUCUGGAAGUGGAUCAUUCAGCUUUUCCGACUGCGCCACCAUGUUCUUUACCCUCAUCAAGUUGUUACAGGGAUGUUACACUCAAGUUGCAGGCGUAUCUUACAAGUUUCCCGCAAUCCGGGUGCUAUGUGCUGACUCCUUAGCACAAUUAUCAACUUGCCUAUCACAAAUCGCCCAUGCUUGCGGACUUGCCAUGCCAGGAUUCGCAAAUCAAGUUAACGACCUCUGUGCAGAUCAAUCUCCACUCUUUAUGCAGACUGGAUUUGGAUUUUCUCAAUUCAUGAAAAUGAUGAAACGUUAA